AUGGGUGUCACCACAUUUACCCAAGAAUUCACCACUCCCAUUACUCCAUCUAGAAUGUUGUUCAGGGCUUUGAUUGUUGAUUCUCACUACCUGAUUCCCAAGAUUGCCCCUUUGGGUAUUAAGAGCAUUGAGUUUGUUGAAGGAGAUGGAAGAGAUGGAAGAGCUGGAAGUAUUAAAGUCACCAACUUUGCUGAAGGUGACGUGAUAUUUGACAAGAUCGAAUCGAUUGUGUAUGAGGUUCAAUUCUUGGCUUCGAGCGUUGGUAGAUGCCUUUGCAAGAUGAUUGGUGGGUACCACACAAGAGGGGAUGUGGAGCUUAACGAAGAUGAUAUCAAGCAAGGCAAAGAAAAGGCUAUGGGACUCUACAAAGUCGUUGAAGAGUACGUAUUGGGUAACCCUAAUGUCUAUGUUUAA